AUGGAUCUUCCGGAAGAAUUGCUCAAUCUGGAGUCCAGCGUGAGCCAUCGGAGAUCCAUAUAUGCCAGCACAGAGUUCUCGGAAGACGAGAGGUCCGUUCCAUCUACCCCUAAGAGACAGACGGAUGAUUCGUCUCUAGAUUUGGUCCAGUCGCCACCAAAUUUGCCCAAAAGUCCCGCUAUUCUUUCAGCAGUAUCACAGAAGCCUAUUCUAGAAACUUCCUCAAGUCAGGAGUUCAAUCGACUGAGGUCUGCGUCUAACCAGAGCCUCAGGUUCCGAUUCCGCGAUGGCAAGCCAAAAAGCAGGUUCGCAGAUCUCAAUUCCAAGGCCCAUCCCACAAUUUUGGACGAGUCCACAGCGUUCGGGUCGAAAUUCUAUGGCUUUUUUGUAGCAAUUUGGUUUGGAGUUGCGCUGGUUGGCUUCGACUCUCUGGUUCACCAUACACUGACUAAGGGAUCCAUCCAUGAAUGGGAUAUCGCCCGAAUAAUGCGGAAAGAUGCCGUUGCGGUGGGUCUCACGGAUUUGGCGAUGUAUUUGGCGAUGUAUGUUAGUGUUGCUAUUCAGAAUAUGGUGAAGUUGAAUUGGAUCAAGUGGAGGUCUACGGGGUGGGUAUUGCAAAGUGUGUUUGAGUUUGCUCAUCUGGUGUUCUUCAUCUGGUAUGCCAACUAUAAAAAUUAUCCUUGGAUCGGAAAAGUGUUUCUGUGCUUACAUUCUUUGGUUAUGCUCAUGAAGAUGCACUCGUAUGCUUUCUACAAUGGAUAUUUCUGGAACAUCAGUCAUGAGCUACAAUUCUCCAAGAACUACAAGCAGACCAACCCUAAGUUGGAUGAAAAGUCCACCGAAUUAGUGGAAAAGUCUAUAGAGUUCUGUCAAUUUGAGUUGGACAAAAAUGGGAUGUUUCCUUCAAACCUGACAGUUUCCAACUUUUUCGACUACUCCAUGUUCCCCACAGUGGUGUACGAAGUGAAAUAUCCACGCACCGCAAAAGUGAGAUGGGGAUAUUUCUCCACGAAAGUAUGCGGAAUAUUUGGUGUCAUUUUGAUGAUGAUAAUCGUGGCUCAAAACUGGCUAUAUCCCCUGGCUAUGCAAUGCAUCGAACUGAGGGGCCAGCCUUUCAUAGAGAGGGCCAAACAGUACCCACUUAUCGUUCUAGAUUUGGUUCCCCCUUUCCUGCUCAUGUACCUGUUGGUGUUCUACCUCAUCUGGGAGUUGAUUUUGAAUGCAAUUGCAGAACUUUCCAGAUUCGGAGAUCGCAAUUUCUACGGAGCUUGGUGGAACUCUGUCACUUGGGACGAGUUUGCGAGGGACUGGAAUUCUCCAGUCCACAAAUUCUUACUGAGACAUGUCUAUCACUCGUCGAUAAGUGCGCUGAAUUUGAGCAAAGUGAACGCCACAGUCUUUACUUUCUUGCUGAGCUCAAUAGUUCACGAACUGGUCAUGUUUGUCAUCUUCAGGAAGUUCAGAGGAUAUCUGUUGGCUUUGCAGAUGUUCCAGCUUCCACUAGUGGGUAUCUCCAGGUCUAAGUUCAUGAGAGAUCAAAAGAUUUUAGGAAACGUGAUUUUCUGGUUUGGAAUAGCAACCGGCCCGAGUCUAAUGUGUUCGCUGUAUCUAACUUUUUGA